UUCUGUUCCAAAACGGCCAGGUUACCAUUUCUGCUGUACUUGUCGUCGCGUGCUUCGCUGGGCAAGGUAUUCGAACUUGUGGUGCUGCUAUCGUUUACCUCGGCUGUUUUCGAGCAUCCCACCCAGAUCCAUAUCGACUUGGUCCAAGAGUCGCGAGACCAGUCCAUGCAUACGUACCACAGUCUAUCACCAGGAAAGCAAGCAUCAACGAUACGGCCGCCACCAUGAGCGCAGACCGCAAUCCUAGCACCGCGUCUGGCAUGCACCGCAAGUCGGUUGCAGAAGAGCCCGUUACUUCAGUCCUUGCUGCCGGCGAAGUCCCCAUCUUCGACCGAGAGCUUACUGCCGAUGAGGAAGUCCUCGCCGCCCUGGGUUACAAACCCGAAUUCAAGCGUGAGUUCUCGCUAUGGACGUCGUUUUGUGUAUCUUUUGCCGUCCUUGGAUUGCUACCAUCGUUCGCCUCCACUCUCUACUAUGGCAUGGGCUAUGCGGGUACACCUGGUAUGGUUUGGGGCUGGUUGAUUGCUAUGGCUUUCAUCCAGUGUAUCGCCAUGGGCAUGGCUGAACUAUGCUCGUCCAUGCCUACUUCUGGCGGUCUCUACUAUGCCUCUGCGGUUCUGGCACCUCCAGGAUAUGGCCCGCUUGCUGCAUGGAUCACUGGCUGGUCCAACUGGCUUGCUCAAGUCACCGGCGCACCUUCAGUCGACUAUGCGUUGGCUUCCAUGAUUCUCGCUGCAGGAUCUAUCAACAACCCUGAUUAUGUCCCCCAAAAUUAUCAGGUCUUCCUCCUUACCGCCCUCAUUAUGGUUAUUCACGCCAUGAUCUCUUCAAUGCCGACUCGGUGGAUCGCCACGUUCAACUCAUAUGGCAGCACAUUUAACAUCAUUGCGCUGGUUAUUGUGAUCAUCGCCAUUCCCGCUGCUACAACCCGUCAAGACCAAGGUCUACCUCGAUUUGCUAAAAGCAGCACGGUGUGGGGGAAUUUCUACGAAGGGACCGACUUCCCCAGCGGAGUCGCUAUACUCAUGUCCUUCAUUGCCGUCAUCUGGACUAUGUCUGGAUAUGAUGCACCAUUCCACUUGGCAGAGGAAUGUAGCAAUGCCAACCUUGCCAGCCCACGAGCUAUCGUAAUGACGUCCGGCUUUGGUGGAAUCAUGGGAUGGUUCUUGCAGCUGGUCGUGGCGUACACAGUCAUUGAUAUCGAUGCGGUCCUCGGUUCCGAUCUUGGUCAGCCCUGGGCAUCUUACCUCAUCGAAGUUCUGCCCAAGAACACGGCCAUGGCGUUACUCGCCCUAACCAUUAUCUGCGGAUUCUCCAUGGGUCAAGGUUGCAUGAUCGCUGCUUCGAGAGUCACUUUCGCCUAUGCCCGUGAUGGCUGCUUCCCUGGCUCAAGGUGGUGGAAGCAAGUCAACCCCUACACCAAAACACCCGUCAAUGCUGUCUGGUUCAACUGCGUCAUCGGUAUUUGCUUGACAUUGCUCCUAUUCGGAGGCGAAGCAUCGAUCGGUGCCAUCUUUAGCGUUGGAGCAAUUGGCGCGUUUGUGGCCUUCACGAUCCCUAUCACCAUUCGAACCUUCUUCGUCGGCAACCGUUUUCGGCGUGGACCAUGGCACCUUGGGAAAUAUUCUUACCCCAUUGGUGUUGCGUCAACUUGCUUCACCUCCCUGAUGAUCCCUAUCCUCUGCCUGCCGAGUGUCACCGGUUCCGAUCUGGAUGCGUCUGGAAUGAACUGGACUUGUCUGGUGUGGGGUGGUCCAAUGUUUUUGAUCUUGGUUUGGUGGGUCGUCGAUGCUCAUAAAUGGUUCACCGGACCAAAGGUCAACAUUCAGCACCAGAUGCUUGGGAGAGAGGGGAACGUCCUGGAAGGAAAAGAGGGGGGUUCCGAAUCAGAUCAGGGCACAACUAUCGCUGCUAAGGAUGUUGAUAAGGUAGCUGAAGUGUGAGGCGCCUGUUGCGAGCAGCGCGCUUUUCCUAGUUCUCUGUUCGUUCGAUGAGAGUAUAUACCCUUUUGCUUGGAAGUCUGGAACACGGUCAGGCAAGUCAAGGUCAUGUGCGCUACAUAUGCGUCGUAGUCGUGACCUUGAGAUAAUGGGCAGUUUUGAAAUGCAGAAUGUAAUU